UUUGUGUUUAUUGGCAGGUGUACGUCCCUCCAGGGUCGCUGCCAUGGUACUGAAGGUUUUCUUUCCAUCGUGCUGCUCCUCAGCAGACAGUGGCAUUUUGAUAGGCCGCUGGAUCUCCGAGCAGAGCUCUGCUGUCAUCCUUGCUGUGGUGCACUUCCCCUUUAUUCCUGUCCAGGUGAAGCAGUACCUUGGGGAAGUUCAGCGCGUGACUAAAGUCAGUGUUUCUGUGCUUGGCUCAUGGAGCAACAGCAAACAAGAGAAAGAAGAGAGUCUCAGUGAGUUCUUGGAAGACCUUGGGACCAUAUUUUGCCAUGAGCCAUGGAUCCAGAUAAGCAAAGAGGGAGACAGCAAAUUCUGGAGCUGUUCUACCCUUCAGAAACACUCUAAGAACCCUCAGGAGGAAGAAAUCAUCUUGGUGUACUAUGACCAGCGCAAGGUCAUGCUUUCCCAUCUGCACCCCCCUUUGGACACAGCUGGCCAGGGGGCAGAAGAUGCCUCAAAGCUCUCGGCCAUCUUUGACACAGUGGCCAGGAGCCAGGUGCUGUUCAUGACAGACAGGUACGAUGAGGGGCCCAUCAAGCUGACCCACUGGCAGUCAGAUGGGGUGGAGGCCAGUAUCAUCGUGGAGCUGCUGAAGCAGGCCUCCGUGCCUGCCUGCAUGCUGCUGACAUUCCUGCUCUCACUGCUCUCUGGGAUCUGCAGGAGCAGGAUGCUGAAGUUUUGGCCUUUGUCUUUCUUGUGGAGCAAACUCUCAACUUGUGAGCAGCUGAGACAUCGCCUGCAGCACCUCCAGGUCAUCAGCAGCAGUAAGAAGGCUCAAAACCAAAAUCAGCUGAUGAGGAAAGCCAACAUCUUUGUGUCUCUGCUGAUUGAUGUGGCCCUGGGGAUACUUCUGAUGUCGUGGCUGUACAGGAAGAACCGCAUUGGUCACCUUGCUGACACUCUCAUCCCUGUGGCUGACCAUGUGGCUGAAGAGCUGCAGGACCUGCUCCAGUGGCUGAUGGGAGCACCAGCUGGACUGAAAAUGAACAGAGCCUUGGAUCAAGUUUUGGGCCGCUUCUUCCUUUAUCACAUCCAUCUUUGGAUCAGCUACAUCCACCUGCUGUCCCCCUUCAUUGAGAUGAUCCUGUGGUACGUGGGGCUCUCAGCCUGUCUGGGCCUGACCGUGGCUCUCUGCAUCCUUUCCGACAUCAUCGCGCUCCUGACCUUCCACAUCUACUGCUUCUAUGUCUACGGGGCCAGGCUCUACUGCCUGAAGAUCUACGGCCUGUCCUCUCUGUGGCGCCUGUUCCGGGGGAAGAAGUGGAAUGUGCUGCGGCAGCGGGUGGAUUCCUGCUCCUAUGACCUGGACCAGUUGUUUAUUGGCACUUUGCUGUUCACAAUCCUGCUGUUCCUCCUGCCUACAACUGCACUGUAUUAUUUGGUGUUCACCCUGCUCCGGUUGCUGGUGGUGAUUGUGCAGGGCCUCAUACACUUGCUGGUGGACCUGAUUGACUCCCUGCCUCUUUAUUCCCUCAUCCUUCGCCUCUGCAGAUCCUACAGGCUUGCAGCUGGAGUGAAGUUCAGAGUCCUUGAGCAGCAGGAUGGAAAACCUCUGCGGCUCCUUAUGCAGAUCAACCCCCUCUCCUACAGAGGUGUGGUCCAGACAUACAGACUGCCCACCUACAGCUGCUAUCCCAGGGACUCCUGGGCAUCUCUCUGCAAGAAACUGUUCCUUGGGGAGCUCAUCUAUCCUUGGAAACACAAAGGAGACAAGCAGAACUAAAGACAGUGAAAGAACUUAGGAAUCUGGCCUGAAAAACAUACCAACUCCUAUGCUUUGGGACCAAAGGCUGCUCAGAGCCAGUAACUGCUCCAUCCCUUUAAAUGGAUUUUGGCAACAUAGGAAGCACUGAAUUUUUAAAGGCAAGUAUUUUUAAACAUUAUCUUUCAACUUUCUCUUCCCUUACACUGUGUUUGUAUAUUAUGCUAAUGAUUAUUUUGGAAGCAAAAGGUUAAAACUCAUCAGUGCCUCAUGAAACCAGCUCUCAAUGUCGUGGAGGAAGCAGCUUCCAACUGUUUUGGUGAUAAAUUUCUCCUUCCACGUCAGCUCACAGGGCCAUAGCAAAGCAGCCCCUCAGGUGCUUCAUAGCCACAAUGCUGUGGUGCCUUCAGCCAGAGUGUGUUUUGGACUUUUUAUGCUUCAGCCUUCAAGCCAGCUGAUCAAAACCAUGUGGAGAAUCAGUUCAUGGAGUCCUGCACUGAAAACUGAACAGCUGGGUGUCUGAGUUCAUGGGAUAUUUAUUAAUUUUUUUUUGAGGAGGGCUUGAACUCACCCUCACUGCAGCACCAGAGGUGUUGAAAGAGUGAGGCUGGGAGCCCAGAAGCACAGACUGUUGUAUCAUGAUUCUGUGAUUUCUCUUAGGGGAGUUUUUUGCUUUGGAUACAUUUCCAAAGUGCAUCAGUGCUUUGGCUUUCCAUGUCCUGGUCUCAUUUUGAUGUGCCUCCUAUCCUCUCUCUUGGAAAGGGUGCCUGUGCACUGGAGGGUGAUGUCUCACUGACCAUGCUGUAGUUGUAUCAAAUUUAAAUACAGUCCUUACCCAAAAUACA